AUGGAUUUCAACCCCGACACCUUGCCCUACGCAGAUGCACAGACGGAAAGACGAGUGGCUCUUGUCACUGGAGGUAACAGUGGGAUUGGCUGGUUCACCGUGCUCCACUUGUACCUUCACGGCUAUGUGGUUUACAUUGCUGGCAGAAGCAAGACGCGGGUGACCAAGGCGAUUACCGAGAUCAAGAACGAGGCGCUUUUGAGAAGGUCGCGCUACUCCAAAGAUGAAACAACUUCCCGGGUCCUCGGGGAAAUGACGUUUAUCGAAGUCGAUUUGGUAGACUUGGCCUCGGUGGAAAGCUGCGCCGAGCAAUUCAAGACGCUCGAGCUGGAGUUGCACCUUCUAGUGAACAACGCAGGAAUCAUGGCGGCGCCGUUUUCUCUCACAAAGGACGGAUUUGAGAUCCAGAUGCAGACAAACUACGUGUCACCGUUUGUAUUGACCCAACGGCUUAUUCCGGUGAUGGAACACGCUUCAGACCCCCGGAUCGUAUACCUUAGUUCCAUCGGCCACCUGUUUGCUUUCUGGUACUUUGACAUGGAUACCACUUUUGACUACCACCCUAACAUUGUCUUCACGUGGUUCCGUUACGGAAUGGCCAAAAUGGCGGGUAUUCACUACACGAAGAUGCUUGCGUUAAAACAUCCGCGGAUCUUGUGCACCGCUGUCCACCCUGGCUUUGUCAUGAGCACCAACUUGUUCAGCUACUGGACCCGACUUCCGAUUAUAGGCACUCUCUUCUGGAUCAUGUUUCAGAUUUUUGGCUGGCUUUUCGGGGUCACCAACGAAGAGGGGUCGUAUGCCACCUUGAAGGUGGCUUUAUCGAAGCUGUUAACGGCCAACAAAGACAAUGGGAAGUACUUUGCCGCUGGUGGUGUUGAAAGUAAGCCUAGUGCCGUUGCCUCUAACAUGGACUACGCUGCCCGCACUUGGAUCUGGACGAUCCACGAGUUGCGUGACAGACGGGUAGAAGUAGCUGAACGAUAA